AAUUCUCUAGGCAUAUUAUUAAUUAGUAGAUAAAAAUAGAAAUGAAUUGGUGUGGGUGAGUGAUGAGUGUAUAUGAUAUGCAUGGGGGCUUUCUAUUUGGGGGAAGGGGAGGAAAAGAAGAGGGGAAUUGGGUCCUAAAAUGAAGGAGAAGUUGAAUGGCAAGAACGGAAUGGACGCUCAUCUCAUUAGCCAUUCCGCAUCACCGCAUGCCAUGUAUUUAAAACUAGUACGUACAUAAAUUCCAAACCCAAUAAGGAUCGAAGCAAAAAAAAAAAGAGAUAGAAAUAAGAAAAUGUCGUGGCAAACUUACGUAGAUGAUCACUUGAUGUGCGAUAUCGAUGGCACAGGACACCACCUCUCCUCCUCUGCCAUCAUCGGCCAGGACGGCUCCGUUUGGGCUCAGAGUUCUUCCUUCCCUCAGAUUAAGUCUGAUGAGAUCAACGGUAUUAUGAAAGAUUUUGAUGAACCUGGUCAUCUUGCUCCUACUGGCCUCCACCUUGCAGGCACCAAAUACAUGGUAAUCCAGGGAGAGCCGGGAGCCGUCAUCCGUGGAAAGAAGGGAUCUGGAGGUAUCACCAUAAAGAAAACUGGUCAAGCAUUAGUUUUCGGCAUCUAUGAUGAACCUGUCACUCCUGGACAAUGCAACAUGGUUGUUGAGAGGUUGGGAGAUUACCUUGUUGAUCAGGGUCUGUAGACCAAGAUCUUACAAUAUUUGAAAUUUUUUUUGGGGUACUAUUAUUUUUUUAUUUAAAAUUAUGAUCUGCAUCUUUUCAACCCUAUGUUGGGAGUUGUUGAAGACAAUAAGCAUAUGAGAGUUAAACAGUUAUUCAUCUUUUGAAUUUUUAAUUUUCAUUACCCUAAUGUUUGAAUUGUGUUUUCUACUUGGUUAACACUACUCUCGCUUAAAUUGUAAAUCAAAUUUUUAAAUUUUUUUUU